AUGGGAGCUUUGUCACCAAGCGACUACGAGGAUGUGCGCAUCUGGGUUCCUUGGGGUCACAUUGCGGGUCGCUGGUAUGGCAAUCGAUCGGAGCGCCCCAUCCUGGCCAUCCACGGCUGGCUGGACAACCUGGGCACCUUUGACAGACUGAUACCCUUGCUGCCGGACUACCUGGGCGUGCUCUGCAUCGAUCUGCCCGGACAUGGACGUUCCUCUCGGCUGCCAGCGGGCAUGCAGUACAGCACGGCUGAUUAUGCUUUUGUCAUAGCUCGGGUCAUGAAGGAGUACGGGUGGAGAAAGGUCUCGCUGCUGGGUCACUCUCUUGGCGGUGCCAUUAGCUUCGUUUACACUGCACUCGCGCCGGACAGUGUCGACCUGGCCAUCAUAGUAGACAAUCUGCUGCCAUCCACGGAGUCGCCCGAGCGCCUCAAGAGAUUUGCCUAUUCCGUGGAAAAGCAUUUAGUGGAGGAUGGGGACGCAGAAGACGAGCCAAAUUCCUAUACGAUUGACCACCUGCGAAAAGUUCUCAGCAAAGGCAGCAGGAAUUCCGUUCCGCCAGAGCUCGCUCAUCAUUUGCUCAACCGCUGCGUGGCCCCAUCGCAACUAUAUCCGGACAAAUUCUACUUUACAAAGGAUAACCGUACCAAGUUCUACAAUUUCUUUCCUGCCACUGUUGCAUUAUUCAGUGAAAUGGCAAGACGCAUCAAGAACAAACCCAUUCUCAUCAUAAAGGGAUCAAAGUCAAACUAUAUAAGCUCAAGAGAUAGCGAGGCUAUCUCCAUCCUGAAGAAGCAGAACCCGCUCUUCCAAUUCCACGAGGUGCCAGGCACCCAUCACGUGCAUCUCGUUGACCCCGAGGUGGUUGCUCAGCACAUAGUUCCCUUCUUGAGGACUCAUCGGCCGCCCAAGGUCUCCAGCUGGUCACUGGAUGGCGAGAAGUUGGGCACGACAGAGCGGGAGAACUUCUUUGCAAGAGAUGUCAGCCGUCUCAGUAAGAUCUAAGUCUGAGAGAAUCU